AAUUACCUACAAACAUUAAAGGAGGAGAGUGUAAAAGUAGGAGGAAAAAAUCAAAAUGAAGAAGAAAAACAAAGUCCUAAACUAAAAAGCCCCCCUUUCCCACAACAAGCAAACAUAAAAUUAAGUCUUAGCUGAAAUUUCAUUCUCAUAAAAAAGCUAACUUUAUUUCUUUGGUCCUUAAUUCAACCUUCUCUCACUCUCUUCUUAACUCUCUCUCUCUCUCUCUCUCUCUCUCUCUCUCUCUCUCUCUCUCUCUCUCUCUCAUGGCUAAUGAGAAUAAUCAUAAUCCUUUCUAUCAACACAACCACCAUGAUGAUGAACUCAAUAACUCAAACUUUUCAUUCCCACAAAACUUUCAAGGAUUUGAUCCUUCUCCUCAUAGCACAAAUUUCACCGACUAUUUACAUGGUUCCAUGGAUUAUAACACUCUCUCAAAAGCCUUUGAUUUGUCUUGUUCAUCAUCUGAAAUGAAUAUUUCUUCCAUUGAUGAUAACAAUACAAAGAAAUCUAGUGUAGGAAUUAGUGAGACACUAAAUUCCUCAGAAUCAUCAUCAUCUAAUGAAGCUGUGAUACAAGAAGAUUCAACCAAAAUUAACAAGAAAGAUAAGCAACCAAAAUUAGGGUGUGAAGAUGGAGAUGAUGAAAAGUCUAAGAAAGAGAAAGAGAACAAGACUAAAAAGAAAGAGAAAAAGCCAAAAGAACCAAGAUUUGCUUUCUUGACUAAAAGUGAGAUUGAUCAUCUUGAAGAUGGAUAUAGAUGGAGAAAAUAUGGACAGAAAGCAGUCAAGAAUAGUCCAUACCCAAGGAGCUAUUAUAGAUGCACAAGUCAAAAGUGCAUUGUGAAGAAAAGAGUGGAGAGAUCAUACCAAGAUCCAACAAUUGUGAUGACAACAUAUGAAGGACAACACAAUCAUCAUUGUCCAGCAACACUAAGAGGUAAUGCUUCCUCCAUGUUGUUUUCAUCACCAUCACUUUUUGCUCCAACUUCAAUGGGAUUGGAACAAAGAUUGCACCAAGAUUUUCUUGCUCAGUUUCUUCCAAGUUACACCCAAAAUGAUAUUCAACAACAAAUGUUCCACCAAAAUCUUCCACAAAUAUUACCUCAUCAUCAACAACAACAGCAGCAGCAACAGCAACAGUUUCAACUUCAUCGUGACUAUGGUUUGUUGCAAGAUCUACUACCAUCAUCAUUUCCAAGAAAACAAGAGCCAUGAACUUAUAUUCUCCAUCCGUGACAAAAUAUAACAAAUUUAUUUUUUAGGUUCAUUGCGUAAUUAAUGUAUCUGGAGUCUGUACUAUAUAAUAGCUCAAAUACAUUAAUAUAUAUAACCUAAAUUUAAAUUUUGUUUAUAUUUUCUCACGGAGAGAUCAGUACUAAUUAGAACUUAAUUAAUUAUCCCUAUUUCAAAUCUAUAGUAUAUCACAAUAUCCACAUAAAGUUUAUGUAGUUACAAGUAGUAGCUCAAUAUUCCCUUAAUAUAACUUGUUCUAUGUACCUAGGCUAGAUUUGUAUGCAAAUCAGAGCAUUAUUUAAAAAUGAAUCAUUACUGAAGAAUUAAUAUGAUGCACUUGGAUCUUAAUUUGUUAAAUAUAUAUAUUUGGUAUAUUAAUAUGGUGAAAAAUGUGUCAAUGUUGGUAUAUUUAGUUCCAAAGUUGUGAUUUGUGAUGAAUGGGAAGAAUAUAUAUGAUGGUUUGAAAAGAGAAUAAUCAUUUGCAGUGAAAGGUACUAUGCUACUAUUUGUAGGACUUGAUGGUUCAUUUCAUGGAACAUUAUUACUUGGAAGAGUAUAAACAGAAAAGGGACAAAAUCAACUCCAAAUGUUGUAGGGACUUCAUUAAUUUCAUAUAUAUCCAUUUGUACGCA